AUGCUCAGCAUUGAAGGAUUGCCCAGUGAUUUGGUAAACCACCAAGCACCGUCUGAAGAUUUAAUUGUCGAAGCACGCGCUCAGAAACAGGAUCUGGAUGCCUUGGAUGCGGAUGAAGAUUUGGAUGGACGCAGCGCCUACGUGAAUAAUCAAUUUGUGCCAAAUGAUCCCGUUGAACUGAUCGAUGACGAACAGAAUGCACCGCUCUAUGAAAUACUGCAAAAGCAAAUGGAACAAGUGCUGGCGGCAACUGGACCAGAUGUGCCCAUCUAUGAGGAGGACAAGUCGAAGCGUCCACGCGACCAGCUACUGCCCCAUAAACCACUUUUCACCAACAACAACGAAGCCGAAACAGAUGAGGAUUAUGUGGAUGAGACGGCGCCAGAGCUGGAACAGGGCUAUGUGGAUGCAGAGAAACCAGAUGCAGCAGCUGUGGAGGAGCAGCUGCCUGGUGGAGGCUAUCAGCCACCCAGCAGUUCCAGCACGAAUCCCACACGUAAUCGUCCUCAGCGCAGACGCAACACUACAACAACAACAACAAUUCCCAGAACCACUCGCUCCAAAAUCACUGCACAAUCAAAAGUUGUAGCCUCAACACCCAGCUCAAUAAAUCACACCGAGCUAACAACGAGCACUGCUUCUCCAGUCUCCUCCAGCCACAAGCAACGACCCAAUAACAACCCCAAAUCCAAUCCCAGUUCCAAUUCCAGCAACAGUCUGCCUCACGAUCCACAAAUCUAUCAGCACAAGCGUCGCAUCAUAUUCAAGACGAUCUCAACAGGUUCGCAAUUCGUCAAUUCUCCCAUUGGAGAUCUUAUGAUUAAGUUCUCCAUUGGCUUCGCAAAGCCAGCCGGGGGCGUAACCACGCCCUCAAGCGAAGCCUUACGUGCAUUUUCCAAUAACUUAUUGCGUAACAUUGAACUGCAAAAGUUGAAAAGAACUAAAAUACAGAAGGAUUAA